AUGUUCAAAUCUGCCAUUUAUCAUGUAAGUGCCCUUCUCGGAGAGGCCGAUGUUUACCCCCAAAAUCCAAAAAUGAACUCUGCCUGGACGAGGGAGAUUCGGAUCUCCCAUCUAUCACCGCCGAGCGAGCGUUGUACGCCUCUGGCAGUCCUUCACACAAUUGCCCCAGCUGGCCCCUGCGUCAGAAUCGAAUCAAGGAGCUUGCUGCCGGAUGAGUCGCCGUUGUUCUUGUUGCACACCACAUGCCUCAGAGAGAAAAAGGUAUCGUCGUCCAGAAGAUAGAACUUGCGAAAAAUUAUACGAAUAAGAUUUCCUCCUGAUGCAUUAUGCAUAAUUGACUGUCGGUAAAAAAACAGACGGCUUCACAGACAGUAAUCUCCGAACUUUGCUUGUAAUAAAGUACUUACAAGACUGUCUUUGGACCGGAAGAUCUCCAACGAUGAAACAUGACAAUUAUGGGCAUUAAUUUUCAUGCGAAAAAAGGGUUUAUCAUGUAACCAUGAUACUUGAGAAUCUUAAAUAGCUUUUCAGUUUUCAGGCUGGAACAUUUGUGGUCUUGAUAAUCAAGAGUUGACCUACAGAUGAUUUUAUUAAUUUACAUACAUACCUCUCAGAGAUGAGAAGGGAUGAAUUGAUUAUUCCUUCUGGAGCUCGGAUAAGCUUGAUAAUGUGCUUUUAAAGGAUUUGCUUAAACUGAUUUUCUUUGAAGCUGUAGAAGUCAUCAGUACUGAUGUUGUGCUUAUUGUUGUCGCAGUAAAAAGUUUCGUAUUGAGUCUAAUACUGAUAUCUUGGCUGAAUAUAUUGAGUUUCGUAUGCUAUUCUGUUUAUCCUACUAUCCUUAUUUGAUCGUCUCAAGCACGUGCCAUGUUUUAUAAUUGCGUAAUUUCGUAGUAAUGUGAACAUUAUUUCGAGCAACUAUUCUAUACGUCACCUUGCAGAGGUUUCUAGGAGGGACUGACUGACCCUCGAUGUUGGUUUCCUGUUGCUAAUGACUGACUGACCCUCGAUGUCGACAAUUAUUGAAAAGAUUUAGGAGACACAAGAAGACCUACUUGUGAUCUUAAUGUACGAGAUGCUGACAUUAAGAUUAUGUGUGAACAAUGCUCUUGAAAUUUUCAAUGAAAAGGUCAUUCAUAUGAAGAAAUUCGAUUUCUGCAUUUGAGUUUAUGUCAAGUUUCCCCAGAAAAUGAUGCAAUUUUUCUGUGAUGUAUGCUUUCUGUGAUCUUACCUUUGUGUGCUUAAAUUUUCAGACUGCUGUUAUUUCACUGGGAGAACAAGAACUUCAUUUGGUGGCUAUGCCGUCUAGAAGGAAUUUUGACAAGUGCUCACGAUUUUGGGGUUUUAGCACUGUUCCAGGCUUAUAUAACUCUUGUCUUGUCAUGCUAAAUCUAAGAUGCCUUGGAAUUGUGUUUGAUCUUGACGAAACACUUAUUGUCGCUAAUACCAUGCGUUCAUUUGAGGACAGGAUAGAUUCGCUGCAGAGAAAAAUAAACGCUGAAACUGAUCCACAGCGAAUUUCUGGCAUGCUGGCUGAGGUCAAGCGAUAUCAAGAUGACCAAUGCAUUCUAAAGCAAUAUGUGGAAAAUGAUCAAGUUGUUGACAGCGGGAAGGUUUUCAAAGUGCAAUCUGAAAUAGUUCCCUCUUUGUCUGAUGGCCAUCAACCAAUGAUUCGCCCAAUCAUAAGGUUACAAGAGAAAAAUAUAAUAUUGACGCGAAUUAAUCCCUUGGUAUGUUGUGGGUUUACCUCAUUCUUUUGUGAAUACUUUUCCUCAUUUUCUUUUGCUUUUUUUUGUAAGAAAAAAUGGAGGUAUAGAGCCUAGGAGUGAAUAUGGGUUUUUAAAGAGUUUCAGGCUAACUUGAUUUUUCUUCAGAUUUAGUAUUCUGAUAUAUAUGUUGUGCACUGAUCCUUGUAGGUUCGUGAUACCAGUGUUCUUGUAAGAUUGAGACCUGCAUGGGAAGAUCUCCGUAGUUACUUAACUGCCAGAGGUCGCAAACGUUUUGAGGUCUAUGUGUGUACAAUGGCAGAAAGAGACUAUGCUUUAGAGAUGUGGCGACUUCUCGAUCCAGAGUGGAACUUGAUUAACUCAAAACAACUUCUUGACCGUAUUGUAUGCGUGAAAUCUGGUGAGUUCUACUUUCCUCUACAUUUUCCAUGACAUUUUAGGUUUAAUACUACCUGUCUUUGGGGAAUGUAAUGGUAGUGGUCCCAAGAUAAUUUUUACUACUGAUUCCUUGACUUCAGGUUUUGCCAAGUAACUUGCCAAAUAGUUGUAUCGUCUUCCCUUUACGAAAUUCAUUAUUUUAUUCGGCAUAUUGAUUGUUAUUAUUCCUUUUUGGUAUCUGCAAUUGAUGAGGUGAUAGUAAUACUGAUCCAAAUCCGUGGGUUUUCUCCAGGCUUAAGGAAAUCAUUGUUCAAUGUUUUUCAAGACGGAAUUUGCCAUCCGAAGAUGGCAUUGGUUAUUGAUGACCGACUGAAAGUUUGGGAUGAUAAAGAUCAACCACGAGUGCAUGUAGUCCCUGCAUUUGCACCGUACCAUGCCCCUCAUGCAGAGGUAUUGGGUAAAUGUUUCUUGUGAAGAUUUAUUUCACUGAUUUCCAUUUCUACAAUGCAUUUUAAAUAGUUUUACUCAAUCGAAUAGGCAAAUGGUUCUGUUCCGGUACUCUGCGUUGCAAGAAAUGUCGCAUGCAAUGUUAGAGGUGGUUUUUUCAAGUAAGUGCUGUCACUAAUUGUUCAUUUAUGCCUGUGAUUGUUUUUUCCUGCAACUUUAUAUUCCAAAUGGGUAAUCUUCAUCACUCAUAAAACGAUAACUUUUUUUUUGGCAUCGCACAGUUCUGCUGUUUGCUCACAUCAAUGUGAUCCUAUCUACAAUGCAUAGUUAGAAUAACAAAAUUUUACGUGGACAUUUUCACCAUGCAUGACAACGUCGUAGUUUCUCAUUGCAGGGAGUUUGACGAAGGUUUAUUGCCACGCAUCUCUGAUGUUUUCUAUGAAGAUGAAUUGGUGGAUUUUCCUUCUGCUCCAGAUGUUGGUAACUAUCUGAUAUCAGAGGUAAUUAACUACCCGAGGACCGUGACCCAUUGUUGAUAUUAUUUUACAAAAUAUCCCAUUCACUUUAAGAUAUCUGGGAUUUUUUCAGGAUGAUACCUCUGUCUCAAAUGGAAGCAAGGACCCAUUAUCUUUUGAUGGCAUGGCAGACGUUGAAGUUGAGAAGAGACUAAAGGUUUGUUAAGUUCGUUCAGCCCAUCUAGAAAUGCAUGUUGUAUUCAUCAUUUCUCAUCCUGUGUAUGCAGAAAACAUCCAGCAAUUUUUACCACAGUAACAUAGCUGUUUCUUUUCCUUAGGAAGCAAACUUUAAUGUCCAAGCAGCACCUUCUAUACUCAGUAACCUGGACCCAAGAUCGGUGUCCUCUCUUCAACAUGUGUUGGCUUCUUCAUCGAUCGUGCCUACGCCAGCAGCCUCCCAAGUUGCCACAUCUUUGCAUGAUAAUCAACAACCUCUAAGCAUAGGUUCUGUUAAGCCGUUGGUUCAACCAGGCAUCCCAGAGUCUAGUUUGCAAGCCUCCCCAGCAAGGGAAGAGGGCGAGGUGCCUGAAUCGGAACUAGAUCCAAAUACAAGGAGAAGACUUCUCAUCUUGCAGCACGGACAAGACACGAGAGAUCAUAUUCCAAAUGAUUCUGUAUUGCCAGCUAGAGUUCCCUUGCAGGUCUCACUGAACCCUCCCAUACAGUCACAUGGAGGUUGGUUUCCUGUUGAGGAAGAGAUGAGUCCAAGGAAAUUAAAUAGAGCUCCAAAAGAGUUUGCUUUUGAACCAGAAGCUGUACGUUUUGACAAGACCAGGCCUUUCUUUCCUCGUGUGGACAAUUUUGCCCGACCUGAAAGGCCCAUUCACGACAAUCAGAGAUUGUCUAAAGAGGUAUUUAUAUUUAAGAUAUAUAUGUAUAUUUCUUAAAUUGAGGAUUAUCUACUUUAAAGUUGAUAUUCGUGUAUUAUUUCCAGAUAUAUCACGGGGAUGGGCAAUUGCGGCCAAAACAUGCGGCGUUAAAUCACCAUCACGUGCCAGGUAUCUUUAAUUGUUAAUCACUACACAUUAGGAGUCUUUUGUUGACUAUAAGAUCUACAAAGCGUGAUGAUAUUAGUUGUAUGGUACCUUGCCAUUAAUUUACCUUGAUCUGGUUCCGAAUUAAAAAAAUGUUUGCUGGCUUUAUUUCUUAGCUUUGUCCCGUGAAGCCAUUUGUCUCACUUGGCAUAUUCUUAUUUCUUUUACCAAAAAUUCUGUCCAAAGUUUCACAAAUACUAGCAUUCCAUUCCCCUGUUCCACGGAUUAUAUUUUUAAUAUUUCCUGCAUGUGAUGAUAUUCCAUCCUUGCUGAAAAGAGGUUUAGAGUACAGCAUUAGAGUGUAUUUUUGCAGUUAAGAUAAGGUACUGUCAAUUUCUUGUCAUACGUUUAAAACAUUUGAUGAUUUUCGUUAGAGCAUCAUGGAGCUUUGCCGGUGGUUGUCUUCCUUGUUAAGGGAUCAGGGUCAUGAUAAGUCGAGUAGCUUUCUAUUCUGGACAUCAAAUUGGCUAGACCCAUAUAAAUAUAGCCUAUUCAUCUUCAUGCAUUUAUCAAGGUUACUGGUGAUAACAACAGAUAAAAGGACUUGGGGGUUGGGGAGAAACAUUUUCUAUCAUAAAUAUUUGUGUGGACAGUGGUCUUAUAUGGUCUUAUAUGUGACGAUGAUGUUUUAUAUGGACUUGGCAUAUUCUUCAUUUUCUAUGGUUUAUAUCAUAAAUAUUUGUGUGGACAGUGGUCUUAUAUGUGACGAUGAUGCCAGAGCAAAAGAUUUGAUAGGUUUUUGUCAGUUUUGACCAUGCCAAGGGAGGUGCAAGAAAUAUGUACGUGAAGCAUGGCCUCACUUACCUGGAGGCUCAUGACCUGCAUCUGAUUGUUUGAAUGCUUGGCAUUGAGUGGGUUUGGUUUCUGGUUGAGGAGAUUAUAAAGAAGAGGGUCAUACUCCUUUGGCUUUUUUCAGGUUACAUUUGCCAACCUGAAAAAGGUUUUUAGUGCCCGACCUCCCUAAAGAUGUGCAUCUAAAACCUGGUCUUGGUUUUGUCCAUGAGUAAUGAUUAUGUGGACAAGUGCUUGUGCAUGCUUUAGACUGUUGAUUAGAUUAUGUAGGUUCAAAAAUAACCCUGAAAAUUACAAUUUUCUAUCUAGGUCCAAAAAUAAAGAGGAAUGUCUUGUUCUUCUAGUAGCUUAAGUUAUUUAGGAUGUUUUACUUCUGCACUGUUCGUGGUUGAUAGCUUGGUCCUAAUGAUAAACAUUUGUUAGCCUGUGGUCCAGUUGGCGCUGGCUUUAAUGUAAUAGUCUGAACUGUCUGAUUUUGUUUCGUCUUACCAAUUGUGAAGGGAGGUGAUUGGGUUAGUCGAUUUGCUUGCCUUUAUAUGUACCAAGUUUUGGUGUCGAUCCUUAGAUGCAUAAUUUUGAUUAAGCCAAUUUUAUCUUUGAAGGUGAUGAGGUACCUGUCGGACGGGCGUCUAUUAGCAACAGAGAUGCUUAUUUUGAUUCUUGGCGAAUGACUUCACCGUAUUUAGAUACACCUACUGGUGUUUUACUGGAUAUUGCAACAAAAUGCGGAGACAAGGUGGUUAACCUUCAUUUUUUUAUUUUACUGUUAAUUUAUGGCAAAUUUGACUAAUUAAAUUAUACAUUUGUAAUGACAGGUGGAAUUUAGAGCAGCAUUGGUUGAUACUACAGAAUUGCAGUUUUCCAUUGAGGUAGUGACUUUUAUUCAUUGUGUUCGACUUCUCUUGAUAAAUAUGGCAAAACAAAAAAUCUGAGUAUUGAGCCUCGUAUGUGUUUCUUUUUACAUAAGAAAAGGCCUGAGCCAUUUCUAUUCUCAACUUUGAUGUCUUUCUUCCUGUCAUAGGUGAUGAUAAGUAUUCAACUUUCUUGCACAUUAGCCUUGAUUUUUUCAGCAUCAUUUUUCACAGAGUCACUGUUUCUUUACCCUGUUUGCAACUAUUUUGCCUGAUUAUUUUUCACUUUACUGAACAUGUAUUGGCCUUUUUUUUUGUGGUCCUAUAUCUGGUCAGUUUUAGUUCAACCCAGUAUUAAGUUAGGUGAAUUGAAUUUUUUUUUAAUCUAUAAGUUUUGACUUUAAAAAAAUUCUUUACUUGUCUCACCUACUUACUAUGAUAUUUUAAGUGACUUUCUCUUGGAUUUCACUAAAUUUAAAAUUUCUAGAAUAUAGUUUUUUAUGAUCAAUGGAUCGACCUGUUGUAUGUUGUUAGAUGCGUGAGGAUAGCUUAUACAUUAUUUUCAUUUCUCUGAAUGAUUCAAUUCAUUGAACAUCAAGAUGUUGACUUGUCUCUCUUGAUUCACGUCUCAAGAUAAAGCCAAUAAACACUUGGUGUUAAUUCCUUAAUUUAAAUUCUUUUGGUUGAAUGUCAGGCAUUUGAUAUUUAGCUUUGCUAUUUCUAAAGUAAGAGCUCUAAAAAAAAAUUGCCUGCGUCUAGCACUUGCUUUUAGCAAUAGCUACUUGUUACCAUGAAUCCUCACAAAUAAUGAAUAAAAUGAUCUUAUAUCUUUGAUAGCAAGCACUUCUUUGAGUGUGUUGAUGUGGGCGUUGAAUGCCAAAGCUUUGAAAUUUAGGACAACUUUCUCCCGAAAGAAUGUUUUAAAAAACUUGUAAACUUUCUUACCAAGGGAUUUAUAAAUGGAUUAGUGUCUGCGCAUGUGUUGAUUUCUCUUUUCUGAGAUGAUCAGAAAUCGGUUUUUUGUAGCCAUUCAAACAACUAGUCAUGAAAAAUGACAAGUUCUCUGGUAGUAGGUCUUUUCUUUGUUUGUCAUGGAGUGACUCAGGUUGAAUCUUUUUUUCUGAAACAGUGAAAAGAUCAAGAUAUUUACCAAUCUAUUUUAAAAUUAUGUGAAACUUUUUAAGAGAGUGCAAAGUAACAUCAUCAUUCAGAUAUUAAAAUCUUAGUAAUGAAAUGAUGUGUAAUAACCAUUUUAUCUUUGAGUAUAUUUUGUGAUCAUUAAAAAAAGAUUGAAUUUAGGACUUAAAUGUUUAUCUGUUGUACUCAAGUGGCUAGAAUCAAAAGAAGAGACCAGUGGAGUAUAUAGCCUGUAUACAUCAGCAAUUCUUGCUUUCAUUUAUUUUGUAAUAUCUUGAAGUAUGAUAUAUCAUAAAUUUUUUAUUCCUAAUUUUUUGAGGGAAUACACGUUUCGUCUUGCUCUUUAUCUGCAGGUUUGGUUUGUUGGGGAGAAAGUAGGCGAAGGAAUUGGUAGAACUAGGAAAGAGGCACAGCAUCACGCGUCAGAGAGCUCCCUUAGAAAUCUAGCCAGUAAGAGAUCCCAUGAUUAUCAGUCAAUUACUAUAUUUUGAAAGUACCCUUGAGCAAUAAAUACUUUUAAUUCCCUUGACUUCGUGAUCCUAGUAAUAUAUCCCUGUAUUUUAAUGGUUUACACGUGUUUUACUCAUCUAUGCCAAUCAUCCAUGGAUACAUCUUUGAGCUGCCUGUUGACUAUUUAUCUCAUCACAGUCUAAUUGCUUGCAUCUAGCAACACACGAUUCUUCCAUUUUUCAUAUUUAAAUUAUCGUCUCGAAGUAAGUUGGGAGUGGAUAAUUCACAGUUGGGACUGGUUUAUAAGAAAGAUUUGCUCGUAAGUUUCUACCGAGAAUUUGUUGUAUAAAAUGCCUUUUUCUUUUUUGCUGCACCAGUUUGUAAAUAUUUAAAGCUAUCGAAAGUUCAUCCUAUGUUCAUCCAUAAGUGGAAAAUUUGACUUCAGGAUAAUAAGGUCUCUCCUGCAGCAGCAAACCGGAAAUAGGAUACUCGAUUCAAUAAAAAUGCUACUUUUAGACAGCCCUGGGCGGGGGUUGAAUAUGUUUCUGACGAUCAGCCCAUCUUUUGACUUUUGGCAGAUAAGUAUCUCUCGACUGUUUCACACGACCCUGAUUCCAUGCAUGAUGAGGCUCCACAUGCGAAAGAGAAUGGUGCUGUGAGCGGCAAAAGCUCCUUCCAGUACCCAGCCUACCGGGGGGACGAGCCUGUCCUUAGCAGUUCACUGGAGCAGGCCCGAUUCCAGGACCAGAGAGUUGACCGAUCUAGGCCAUCAGGUGCUGACUUAGCCGCUCUUAAGGAACUUGUAAGGGUCCAUGGUUCUCUGUACUUGUUCCUCGCUCCUACAUGUCUGUAUAUAUUUUUUUCUGAAAGCUCCCCGGGUGCCAUAACGACGACUUUUAUUUGGGUCUGCUUUUAUAGUGCGCCCUAGAAGGAUUCAGCCUGAAUUUCCUAACACAGCCUGGGGUUUCCGUUGACCCUUCCACCAAGGGGGAAGUGACGGCGCAGGUUGGUAUUUAUCCGCCUUAAUUUUUACUUUUUAUGAGAAUAAUUUUUUUAAAAUAUUUAUUUAUUUAUGCUCAUCCGACAAAAGUGUAAUCUUCUUUUCAGGUGGAGAUCGGUGGUCAACUCCUCGGGAAGGGAAGCGGAAUGUCCAGAGAAGAAGCCAAGCUGCAGGUGUCUCCGGCGAAGAUACUCAAAAAAAUUGCCGUCUUUGGUUGAUUUGGGCCUUUCAAAUAUUUAAUCUUUAUUUUUCUUUUUCUUUUAAUGGCCACUCGCCGCAGGCUGCCCAGGAGGCCCUUGUGAAUCUGCAGUCAAUGCUGGGUCAGUUCGCUCCGAAGCGGUCUUCUUCCCCGAGGUGAGCCGGCACGAACCCGUUGACUUCUACCUUUAGAAGUUUUUUAUCCGGUCGCGAGGUCAACCUUCUUUUUUUGUUUUUCCCCCCGUUGUGUGAUUGGCCAGGUUGGCUCACUCGAUGUCCAACAAGCGGCUCAAGCAAGAUCUCCCGCGGGGACUGCAGAGGACCUCUUCUGCGAGAUAUUCCAGGGACGACGCGCCGGUGCUCUGA